AUGUCCUCUUCUAGAACGGCCGACAAGACAAUCGGCUGUAAUGGCAGUGCGCCGGCCCCGACCCCUAACCGCGGCCAGGGAACGUUUUCUGAGCCAGCGCGCGAGAGUGCGAAGGCAGCUGAUACACUUGCCCCAACUCUGGGAGGUGACCGGCGGCGGAGCAGUGCAGGCUCGAUCCGCGUAAUCGGCUUUCACGCGCCAGACGCCACGAGCGACAGUGAACACGUGUGUGCUGUGACCACAUCGUCAGGGCAUGCAACACCGCUAUCUCUGGAGGCGCGGCUGGCAGCUUUGCGCUCGCGCCGCCUUGCACGAGAGGCGCGCGCCGUCGGCGUGGCAGGAUCGGCGGUGAGCGCAUCAACGGCACCUGCGCGUCCGCCUGUUGCUCUCUCCGAACCGGCAUGCAGUGGCGUGGAAGGUCCGUGCCAGGGGCAGACGCUACCCACGUUUCCACCAUCACCCGGUCCGCUCGCGCCGACGUUCACCUCGACCACUCCAACAAGGGCCUCAGCACCGGCCGCCCAGUCAGCUGCCGCACCCUUCACCUUGGCACCCAGCACCGCUAAUGAGGUUCACAAGGUCGCUGCCGCUGUUGACGUUACCACGCUUGAGGGAGCUCGCUCGACGAGCUACGCAACCACGUUCCGCGCAAAGACCCCCAAAUCAGCGUCUUGUUCAAGCGCCUCAGUCCGCUCUGCCACGACCGAGCAGCCUGCGCAGGUUGGCCGGAUGGCGUCGCGGCGUCGCUUUCCCUCCACAACGUCCUCCGUCAUGACAACCGCGUUUUCAGAGUCCCCCGUGUCCAACCACGCCUCUAGGCCCUUCUCGAUGCGGAGCAGCCCGCCACCGGGCGCGGUCGGGGCCGCGCCGAUGAAUAAUGACAAGAGCGAGCCCGCGCUGCGCCAUCGAGGACUUCGUUCUACCACUGAAAUGUCCUCGCUUCGGUACCACCCCAACAACGAUACCCAGGCAGCCAGGAGGCUCUUCCCCAACGACACGGAAUCUUCCAUCUAUGCAUCGCCGCUGGACACCGCGGCGGACGCUAUCCGAGUCACAAGCCCUGAGCAUGCUGAGGCGCAGCACCCCUCCCCUCUCCGCGCCGUGCAACUGCCACGCAUGUCGACCGUGGAGCAGGAUGGCGGAUGUCUCUCCUCUACUACCUCGACGCCAGAGAGGACCGGAUUGCCAUCAUCUGUGGAAAUGCAAACCUGCUUGCCUGCCGCAAUCUCGUCGUCAGCCGGCCGACCUACUGCUUCACGUGGCAUGGUCCGCCGUUACGGUGUCCACGCAUCACUCCGGCGCACGACAGGCGAUGUUCCGUCGUCAGCCGCUGCCGCUCCGAUUCGUCCAUUUGCACCGUUUGCGCGCCUCAUCACACCGCCGCGCGAGAGCUGCUCGUCCCCACAACCGCUCCCCGACGACAGGUCGUCGCCGAACUGGCGGGACCUCAUCGUCCCCAGUGUGUGCCUCCACCGCAACAGUCCCCAUACGAGAUGCACGCAGAGCACGUCUCGCGAAUGUUCAUACCCGAGACGCAUGACCUCCGCCGAGACUACCUCGUCAACUGAGGCUUUGAGUGCGGGGCUACGGUCGUCGUCUGGCGAACGCGACACCUCGCUUAGCUCUGCCUUCUCAGCGAAGAUGCCCAUCUUUUCUUCAUUUCGGCACCGCGUAACACCGGCGCUGACGAACCGAGUGGCGUCGUCGCCUUCGCAUUCACACACCAGCGCACGCCACUCACUCCUCAGCAGUGCCUUCUACACAGCCUUCCUCGCCACAACCGUCCGUUCCAAGUACAAGCUGCUCGACGACACCACCACAGCGUCGACGACGGCGUUCGCCGAGCGGGACACCAUCGCGGAGGAGCUGGCGAUGCAGCGUCGGUUGAGCCGCUUAAAGUCGGAGUUGACGCGGCAGCGAAUCGAGCAGCAGCGGCGUGGUGGGCACAUCAGCACUCUGUGA